AUGCGAGGGGAGGGGAAGUUGACUAUAGCGGAGAAAGCGCCUUACAAGACUCAUCCUCAAAUUCUGUUCUUCCAGAUCCUAUCCCUUUCUAAGCAAGUGGAUCUGACAGAGAGGCAAGUGGAGCGAUGGUGGCGCCUGCGCCGCAGCCAGGACAAGCCGUCGAAUCUGGUGAAGUUCUGCGAGAACCUAUGGCUGUGUACCUUCUAUCUGUACAACUUCUCUUAUGGCGUUUUCGUGCUGUGGGACAAGGACUGGUUGUGGGACAUCGAUCAGUGCUAUGUGGGGUAUCCUCAUCAGGGUUACACCAACGACGUAUGGUGGUACUACAUGAUCUCCUCAGCUUUCUACUGGUCUCUGACCUUCUCCCACUUCUGGGACGUGCGCCGCAAGGACUUCUGGCAGAUGUUCGUCCACCAUGUCGCCACCAUCGCUCUGCUGACCUUCAGCUGGGUCUGCAACCUGCACAGGAUCGGGACUUUGGUGCUGCUGCUGCACGAUUUCGCUGAUAUAUUUUUAGUAGCAGCGAAGGCGGCCAAAUACGCGAACUUCCAAAGACUGUGUGACGUGAUAUUCGCCGUGUUCACUGUCGCGUGGAUUGUCACGCGGCUGGGCUUCUAUCCCUUCUACAUUAUAUGGAGCACGUCGAUCCGCGCGCCAAUGCUGCUGCCGAUGUUCGCAGCGUACUAUAUCUUCAACGCGAUGCUGUGCUUCUUGUUAGCGCUGCACGUGCUAUGGAGCUGGCUCAUCCUGCAGGUCGCCUACAAGGCCAUCAGCGCGGGGCAGAUGGAGGGUGACAUCCGUAGCUCCAGUUCAGAGAUCAGCGAUAGUUCCCACUCCAACCACAGCACUCCGAAUCGCAUCAACAAUAAAAAGUAA